GUAGAUCUCCGCUAGUAUGAUUCUAGCUUCAACUAAUUUCUUGGAAUUCUGGGAACGUUCCUGGAGCCACAGUUUGAGAGGUUCAAACCCUAACUUGCGAAGCUUCGCAUCAUAUUUCGCUUUGGCCUUCACGACACCUUCAGCUAGCGGUGUACUACCGUUGUAUGUUUUUAUAUCCACACACUGCAGAAAGACGAUGACCAGCCGUCUUCUUCUGAGAGCCAUCUUCCUCGCCUUGCGCGCCCACAAGACAAACAGGGGCUCGAGCAUCUUGUCGCCCCAGUACUCGCGCGCCUUGUUGUACAUGGCUCUGGGGCCUUCUUCUCUCGAUGCGUAUUUAUGCCAUGCGCGGAUGAGGUGCAAGCACCUUUUGGCCAUGGCGUGCCUUGAAGCGCGCUGUUUAUGUACAGGAUCUUCCGUAACGAGCCAGGCCUUCGUUCGUUCAACGUGGAACCAUUUCAGGAGACAUCUUCGCUGUAUGACGCGUCUGUGCAACUGAGCAGCAUGCACCAUGCGCUUGCG